AUGAAGCGCGAGGCCAGCAGCGAUCCAGAGACUCGUCCAGUCGCUAAACAAGCGCGUCUUUCUCUCGAUGCUCUGGACAGCGAUCACGCCUCUAAUCUGCUUGUCAAGCCAUCUGUGGAUUCUCUCUUCAGAAGACUUUGUACACAGUUUGGCUGGUCGCCCACAGAGCUCACAUGCGCAAAGAUCAGCGACCUACUUAGCAUCGACACAUCCAGAAACGACAACCUUGAGCCGGCUCUCUUUGCAUUCGUACAGCACCUUCCCUUUGUCUGGAAUGACGGUGCCCUGUUCAUCGGCAGUAAGAGAAUAAAUGGCGUUGUUCGAUCAGUUUGGUACAAACCUGCCAGACUAGGUGACAGUGUUGGAGAGAGCAUGUACCUCAGCCAAAGAGACAACUUCGAAGAUGAGAGUAUCGUCAAAUCCAAGUCCUGUCAUACGGGAGCCGUAGUCGAUCGCACCUGGCCUUCUUUCACCACCGCAGUCGACUUGUCAGGCCAGAGGGGCGAUUACAGAUACAUCGUGGGAGUACACAACAUCCUGCUGGAGUUCCCCAAGUUGCGCAAGUCUUGCAACGAUUACGAACUCCAAGCUUGGGCAGCAGGACGUCUGACCAGUGCAACUGAUUACAUUCCUUUGAAGAAGUAUGAGCUGCCUUUCUUGCCCGAAUCGGUCUGGAUGUCGAAGCCAAUUGGGUGGAGAUCCUCUCAAGACGCUCGACCCCUGACACCAUCUGGAAGCGUGUCGUCUCGCUCGAGCCGUCAAUCAAGCGCCACAACUGCUCGUCACCCAUCUAUCAAAGACAUAGAGCGAGUUCAGACCAUGAUCCAAGGUCAUCUCAGACGACGUGUCGCUGACUCCAAACAACAAGAGCGACUUUCAUCGGGACCCCGAAGUCACAACAUUCUCAAGCCCAACGAGAGAGUUUCUGAAUCGAUCGAAACUGACGAUAUGGCAUCUGAAGCGACUACGGAGGCUUCCCUCAAUGCUUCGUCGGAUGAGGCUCGCGAGUCCAUUCCAAGGGGACUCCUCAGCCUGGACUCGGUCGAACAUGUUGCCCAGAUCCUUCGAGAGAACAGCGUGGACAUCUCUUUCGGUGAUCGGAAUCACGCUGCAGAAGCACAGAUUCAGCUCACAGUCACCUUUCCUGCUCGUAUCUCACAGCAGAAGCCGACCCUCCAGUUCAGUUCGAUUGCAACAGUUGAUGUGCCACCCGUCAUGCCACCUCGUCGUCUUGUACUCGAGGCACUGUGCGCUAUGGCGUUGUCUGCUACGGACGACGACAAUCAGUCAUGA